AUGAAGUCAUGUGUGAAUCCCUUUAUUCUGCCGGUGGCGACGCUCUGUUUUAAGCUGGCCGAGCACCGCGUGUCUCAACGAGACCGGUAUUUGGAGCGGCAGAGCGCAAAUGUUAGGGUCACUGGGAGGUCACGAAAGUUGGGUGGUGGACGGAAGGGGAGUAUGGAUGACUAUGUGACGGAUCUGCGUGCCUUCCUAACUGAUGUGCUGCGUCUUCUGAAGAAUUGUCUGAACCUCAUUGGGACAAUGGAGGAGGGGAUGGGUGAGGCGUAUGAGCGGAGUCAGGGUUUGCCGGGGUCGCGAUCCUCCUCGCCUGGUAGGGCGCCGUCCCUGAGGCCGUAUGCUGACCUGAAAUCGAGGGCGUUGCUGUUGCUCUGUCGGCUCUACUUGUCCACGCCGGCGGAGGACAUGGUGGCAUGUGCGUCUUUGGUGCUUAAGUCGGCGCCAGUUGGGCCGGAGAUGGUGAGCGUGAAUGUGGCAGAGUUUGCGACGGAGAGCGGUGUCACGGCGGAU